AUGUUCCAGCGCCUCAAGCAAGCUGUCGAUACCCGAAUUGCUGAAGAGCAAGCCCGCGCCGCGCAACAUUCUACACCUGUUUCUAUAGCACGAUCUAACUCCACAGCUCGACGAACAGAUUCUCCUUCCGCGAGACCACGAAAACCGAAACCGAAAGAUAGUGAUGGGACGCCGACAAGAGGCCCAGACCCUUCCGAGUUCGAGACUGCUUUUAUCAUAGAAGACGAUUCUGAGGAGGCUUCCAGGGCUAGUACACCAGUGAUGAUGGAUGAAAAGGCGCAUCUAGUGGCGGGGAGCACUGCGCCCUUGGAGGCUGGUGGAUCUGGAGAUGGGAGUGCAAGGGGGUCGGCCACCCCUUUAGCUUUGCCUACAGAAGUUCGCACAAAACUAAGGAAGCUGGAAAAGCUAGAAUCAAAAUACCAAGGUAAGCUUCUGCGCUCCUACCGAGUUGCACAUGCCCGUGCCAUAUCCAUAGAGCCCUUCGAGAAGGCCUUGAAGGAAAACACCCCUCUAGGCGGUAUAUCUGAUCCAGAUGCUCUGGUGGAAUACCUGAACCAACUUAAUCUAAAGGGGGAUAUGGUAAUGGAUGAGCUGAAGCGUGUAUCAGCCGAUCGAGACAACCACAAGAAGAAGUUUGAGGAGUCAGAGAAACAAGCUUCAGCACUUAGAGAGCAGCUUGAAUCAGCCAAGAGUGGUACCGCCGGUGAAGGUAGUGUUGCGGAAUCAACAGAAAAGGGGGAUACCAUGAGCAUAGAUACGCCUUCAGCAUCCGUCAAAUCACCUGUUUCGUCCGUCCUGGGGAUUUUCUCGCCCAAACAAAAGGCACAGGAAUUGUCAGAUAAUAAAGAUGUCAAUGAGGAGUUCUUCUCUUAUGACGACGAACUGCCAAAACUUCAAUCGGAGGUCAAGCAGAAGACUAUCGAGGUUGAGGAUUUGAAAUCAAAGGUCGGCAGGUUAGAGAAGGAUCUGGCGGUUUCUCAGGAGUCGAGUGCUGGCUUAGUUGAAAGUCUAGAGAAGGCAACCCGAGAACUGAAUGAAUCCAAGGAUGCUGCUGCAGCCGGCCAAGAUGACACCAAGCGGAUGGAAGCACAAGCCGAGGAAAUCCGAGGUUUAAAGGACGAGUUACAAACCGCCAAAAAGCAGCUUUCCCUUCUGGAAGCCGAUCUCGCAAGUCAAAUGGAAGAAUCAGCUGAAAAGAUAUCUACUUUGGAGAAUGGUUUUGAAAAAGAAAAGAACGAAUCUCAAAAGAAGGUCUCUACGUUAGAGACUAACAUCAACAAUUUCAAAGAAGCUGCCAAUCAAAAAGCAAAAGCGGAAACCGAUGCUCGCAAGGAAGCUGAGAGCCUGCGCGAAAAAUUGGAUCUGCAGAUCAAGGAAGUAGAAAAGGCACGGGACAGCGGCGACAAGAAGAUCAAGGAACUUUCGGAAUCGAUCAGAGUCUUGCAAGACCAGAUCAAAGAGACCGAAAGCCACGAGACCGAGGAGCCCAAGACAAAUCUUCGGCUACACCUGCGGCUGGCACUGGCAAGAAGAAGAAUAAAAAAAAAGAAGAAGGGAGGGGUUGCUGCUGCUGCGGCUGCUGCGGCUACUGCCAACGCUGCAAAUGAGGAAUCGGUGGGGAAAGAAGCCGAUUCGCAACCUCCUACACCAUCGCUAGCCACGACCGAGCUGCAGACUGAGAUAUUGAAACUCAAAGAGGAGGUCGCCGACAAGGACGCGCAGAUCGCUAAGCUACAGACCAAGCGGAAAACAGAGGAGGACCUCCGAGAGGAACUUGAAAAUAUGCAAGAAAACUUCAUCAACAUUGGCCAAGAACACGUAGAGGCGAAGGACAAGAUCAAGGAGCUGGAGUCUGAGAAGACAUCUCUCAAGGAGCAAAUUAUGAAGUUGGAGCAAGAGAUCGAGACUUACAAGAGCCAAUCGAAAGACUCUGAAAAGGUUGGAGCAGAAUUUAAGUCUUUGACCUCUGAAUAUGAAGACCUCAAAUUAAAGUCCGCUGCAUUGCAAACAGAUCUUGGCGCGGCCCAGCAAUUAGCACAAUCACGGUAUAGGGACUUGACAGAGCUACGAGAUGUACUACAAAAAGCCCAGCCCGAACUUAAAAGUCUCCGCACUGAGAAUGCGAAUCUCAAGGUCGCCAAGGAUGAGCUAGCCAGCCGUACAUCCGAGUUGAGGAGGUUAGAGGCACGAGAGAAAGACCUAAAAUCUGAUAUGGCAAGCUUCAAAAGACAAGCUGCAGACCGCGAGACUGAGAUGAGAACGUUGAAUGAGAAGAUUACACAGGAGACGAAUGGCAGGUUACGGGCUGAGGACCAAGCUCGUGUUGCUCAACGGGACUUCAGAAAGUCCGAGGCGGAGAAGAUUCAACUCGUUGCAUCAGGAGAAAAAUCCGCGACCGAACUCGUAAGGAUACAAGAAGAGGCCGGUAAAAUGCGCACCAAGGUUCGAGAUUUGGAAGAUCAGGUAUCGAGGCUUACGAGUGAGUCGAAGGGUCUCCGGCAGGAAGUUGAGCUACGUGGCUCGCAAUACAACAACGCUCAAGGAUUACUGGGCAGCAUGAGAGACCAGAGUGCCGAGAUGGCCAUGCAGCUAAAGGAAGCCAAAGACCAAUCGGAAAGCCUGGAAGAGGAAUUGACUGAGGUACAAAGGCUGCUAAGUGAGCGUACCAGAGAUGGAGAGACGAUGCGUAGGCUAUUGGCGGAUAUCGAUGAUCGAGCGGAUGCAAAAGUGCGAGAGAUGAGGGAGCGUAUGGAAGCUGCGAUCGAAGAACGUGAUCGUGCCGAAGAUGAGGCUAGCACGAAUGGUCGACGGAGAGCGAGGGAAGUCGAUGAGCUCAAGACGAAGAUUCGAAAUUUUGAGCGGGAGCUGAAAAUAGCUACUAAUGACCGGGAUGAGCUACAACAAUCUGAGAAGGAGUGGAAGCGACGACGAGACGAGCUUGAAGGGGUAUCCGACAAGGCAGCUCAGGAAGUCGGUGACAUUCGUUCAGCAAUGGGCGAACUCCGUGAUGCCCUAGAUGGCAGCGAGAAGCAAGUUCGAGACGCCGAAAAACAGCGUGCAGACCUUAGGCGGAUACUGGAAGAGGCGAAUCAACGAUACGAGAAGCUUCAAAGGGACUUUAAGGCUCUACAAUUGAAGUCGUCAAGGAUGGACAUGUCAUCCAGAUCCUCCUUUGACAGUGGAAGAGGUGGUAGUCCAGUCAACGGCUCUGCUCAAGGGGGCAAAGUCGAUUAUGUCUAUCUGAAGACGAUCUUGCUUCAGUUCCUGGAGCAGAAAGAUAAGAAACGACAGGGCGAUUUGGUUAAAACGGUUCUCGGGCAGUUAUUGCAUUUUGAUAAAAAAGAUCAGGAUAAAUGGAUUGCAGCCAUCUCUGCCAGGUGA